UCCCACGUCCAAGGAGUUGGGAACAUAUAAUGAAGAACUGAAGGUGUGCAGGGAGCAGCUUCUUGCCAGAGAAGAAGAAAUUGCUCAGCUGAGAGCAGAGAGGAACAACACCAGGCUGCUGCUGGAACACCUGGAGCUCCUCGUUUCCCGGUAUGUACCAUCCCUCCGGAUGACGGCGGACAAGCAGCAGGCGCAGUCCCCAGCCGGCAUGAUCAGCGAGGUGGAGGUGCUCAGGGCGCUGAAGUUUCUAUUUGAGCACCACAAGGCCCUGGACGAGAAGUUGAGACAGCAGGCCCGCGUGCCGGCCACCGUGGCCCAGGCCUUCGAAAGAGACGAAGGCGUGUCUGACGGCGAGGGCGACGGGGUCACCCUCCUCAGCUCGGCUGUUCAGCUGCCGCCCAGUGGGCAGGCUGAUGCCAGGACUCUUCCUGCGAUUCUUCAGGAGAAGCUGGACGCCACCAACCAAGAGAUCCGGUGGAUCCAAGAAGAGGAGAACACCGAGCAGCGGGCCAAGGAGACUGAGAGCAGGGUGGGCAAGGCGAGCUCAGGCAGCCUUCGUCGUUUUAAAUCAGUGAGCUCCCUCGACCUGUAUUUUGCCUCCUCGCUUGCCAGCUCCUGCCCGCCCAGCAGUGUGCCCGCCACGCCCCGAAUGAGGCGUCGAAGGCCAGCGCAGAACAUAGACCGGCUGGGCACCAUGCCUCUGCUCGACGGACUCUCAGGACGGCCCCGGGGGCAACCCCAGCAUCAACAGCAGCCAGGACUCCAUGGACAAAGCCCCAAAGAAGAAGGGCAUCAGGUGCUCCAUCGGCCGCUUGUUUGGCAAGAAGGAAAGGGGCCGGCCUGGACACCCCGGCAAGGAGGCCUUAGGACCAGAGCCCAGCUGCUGCUGUUCCGCAGGUGCUUCCAGGAGAUGCACCUCCUGCAAGAGCCAUUGUCCUGCGGCUCUGGGGCUGCCUGA